AUGGAGAAAGUGAAGCUCGCACCCAAGCAGAAGAUCAGAAUCAAGCUGCGGUCCUACUGGGUGCCGUUGAUAGAGGACUCCUGCAAGAAGAUAAUUGAGGCUGCCAAAACAACCAACGCAAAGACCAUGGGUCCCGUUCCUCUGCCCACUAAGCGGAGAGUCUAUUGUGUGCUGAACUCUCCUCACGUGCACAAGGACUCACGGUUCCAUUUCGAGAUCCGGACUCAUCAGCGGCUGAUUGACAUCAUGUAUCCAACUGCCCAAACAAUUGAUUCAUUGAUGCAACUCCAGCUCCCUGCCGGUGUGGAUGUUGAGGUUAAGCUAUGA